CCACAAUUUGAUAAGGUGCUACAUCAUAAAUACCCUCCGGGUAUGAUCAGGCGUCCCAGUUUCAACUUCUGCUACUCUUGGCACCUCCGUUCCCAAGGUUGACUCAAUGGCUGCUCCCCACCUCCGCCACCGGUCGUCCCUCCAGGGCAUCAUCGAUUUUUCUACAAAGGCACCCCUCGAGACAGAUCAGCGCGUCAAAGCUAGGAACAGGUUCUACAGUAUCGUCGAGCACUUCGACACUGCCCAUAACUACAGCAACAAGAACCCUUAUAAUCGUUCCCGGCUUAUCCGCUAUACAUUUGAAUAUGCGAUGUCCGAGACAUCUAAAGACAACGUCUUGCGGGCCUUCAUUGAGGCCCUGGAGCUUUCGACAGACGAGGUUGAAGACGACGACCUCGAACAACUCGGCCCGAAAUUCUUUGACUUCGCAGACUAUCUUCUAGACAACUUCUUUCUGCCGCUGAAAGCUUCCUCCAAGAAGACACCGCAGCCCUCCCCGACCAUCUAUUCCGCGAUCCAGGGAGCACAGGGAGAUGGAGAAACGCAAGCCUUUCCUGGCACGGCUUCCCGGGUAGCCAAUCUGCGGCGUGCUUGCCUUUUGCGUGACCGCCACCGCUGUGUAAUAUCGCGACGAUUUGAUCUUCAGGAAAUGAUCACUCGUUGGGACCGUGACGGCCACAAUGCUGAAGAUGACGAUGGCGUUUUGCUAGUGUCAAGCCCAUCCGAUGUCCUAGAAGUAGCCCAUAUACUUCCGCACUCCCUGACACACGCCAGCGCAGGCUCUCAACUGAACGCUUCUAAACGAGCCGCGCUCGCGGUCCUCAACAUGUUUGAUGAUGGCGUAACGCAUUUAAUCGAAGGCGCUAAUAUUGACCGGUCGACCAACGCCAUCACUCUUACCCAAGCUCUCCAUGGGCAAUUCGGCGACUUCCGGGUCUACUUCGAGCCCGUUCCGGACCAGCCUCCACAUACCUAUCGGAUCAGAUCCUUUCUUCCCCCACCUGUCGAUCAGAUGCUAGAACUUCCUGUCACCCGCACACUCUACCUCACGAGUGACCGGACGAUAGACCCUCCUUCGCCUCGACUUCUAGCAGUGCAUCGUGCCAUCGCACACAUUCUUCGCCUUUCGGCUGCCGGAGAGUACAUUGACAGGUUGCUGCGGGACGCGGACGAGAAUGGUGUACGGGCUGAUGGAUCCACUGAGCUGGGCCGCUUAGUGACUUUGAGACUGGGACUAUCCAUAGCUGGCUGAGCUAUACCUACGUAUUGAGUGUAUACGCGCUCUUUCGUCUAUCCUGUCACAAUAAAGUAAGGACUUACUAGCAUACUAUCAGGGCUCCUCUUCCGGGGGCCAUAGAGCUUAUGUCCACGGUGCUUAAGUACACAAAUCAAUCAAUCAAUCAGUCAUUGAUAU